AUACGUCGACUACUAGUCAUCUUCGUUUAGUGCAUUGACCUCACCCAAGUCUCUUCGUCUUCCUUAUUCACCAGCUGCCAGUUGCCUCUUUUGUUCAGAACCAUCCUUCAAUAAUCCUUGAAUCGUCCAGGUAUCUUCUCUAACUAGAGAAUCCCUUGCUCUGCCUCGGAUGCAAGGCUAGAGGGCAAUUCACCUGAGGCCGAGGCUAACAACCUCUGUUGAAGAGCAAGUACCCAUAUGGCAGAUGUCAAGCAGCCUGUGCCAGCCAUUGCUCUGCCCAACAGAGCCGCUACUCCGGAACCAAGCAAUGAUCGCAGUGAAGACAGCAGCACCCAUGGAGGAAGCACAAGGGAGCUUGGCAUGGUCACAGGAAACACCAGGCACGACUCCGUCGAUACUUCAUCCACCAAGAAUUUGUUAGACCGUAGCCCUGAAUCCAGAGUCGCUGAUGAUUUUGACCUCCUGUGGAGCCUGCGGAAGUAUCUGGUGCUGCUUGGAAUUUUAGCUGUUAGUGUGACAUACAAUGCUGGAUUAACUCCACCUGGGGGAUUCUGGUCAAACAACAUAAAUGGGCCUGGUGGACAUUAUGCUGGUGAUCCUGUCCUUCAUGCUCAAUUCUUCAUACGGCAUCAGGUAUUCUUUUACUGCAAUGCAACAGCCUUUGCUGCAUCUCUUGUGCUUAUCAUCUUGCUUCUGAGUAAAAAUGUGACAAGGCAGAAGUUAUGGCUCCGCUCCAUGCAACUUACCAUGAUUCUGGACCUGUUUAGCCUAAUGGGGGCCUAUGCUGCUGGAAGCUGCAGGGCAGUGAAGUCAUCCAUUUACAUCUGGGUUCUGGUCUUUGCUGUUUUCGUAUAUAUUAUGAUCCAUAUCCUAGUAUUUAUACGAGUUGUUCCAAAGUUUGUUUCGGAAAAAAGAUUUGUUCCAAAAUGGCUGAAAGAGAAGGUGGACUCUGUGCAAGGUUGGAUUCUAUCCAAGUGUCAUAAAAGCCAAAGGAACAGUCCCCAAGAGAAAGAUAUAGAUGAAGCUCGCAAAUUCAUUUUGAUGCUUGUGACUUUCGCUGCUACUGUCACAUACCAAGCAGGGUUGAGCCCACCAGGUGGCUUUUGGGCUGAAAAUGAGAAAAAACAAAUUCCAGCUACAUCUAUGCUUCGCAGUAAACACCUUGCUCGUUAUAAUACUUUUGUUAUUUGCAACUCAACUUCCUUUGUUGCGUCUUUGGUCACGGUUAUACUGCUUCUGAGCCCAGAAUUGAGCAAGCAUGGCAUAAGAUCCAAAGCAGUAAUUGCGUGUGUCGUUGUUGACCUAUUGGGCCUAAUUGCAGCAUAUGCUGCUGGAAGCUGUACGAGUGUAGCAACAUCUGUCUGUGUUAUUUCAAUUACUGUUGGAGUAUGGAUCUGCUUUGCACUUUUAGCUGGGACCUUUGUUCACAGACCUGUAGCAGACUGGCUUAAAAAGAUUGAACCAGACAUUAAUAAGUAUGUGGAUGCUAUUGGCCGUGUCUUUUCACUGGAGACUCGUAGAAACAAAUUAAGAAACAGAGAGGGAGAUAAUACUGCAAGUUCUCGGAAAUCUGCACAUUGUGAAACAGAUGCAACAGAAAGUGCUUCUGAAUCAAAACACGAGAUUGCACGCGAUCAGCAAGUUCCGAAUAUCAAAGACAAAGAGGGUGAAUCUCAUGGAGAGCAACAGACUACAGGGAAACAUCAAACUGCAAAUACUGAUGAGGUUGUGUCUGGCUCAGAGCAUGCAUUGAUGAGUGAUGAGCAAUCCGAAAAUAGCAAUGAUGUCAUGUACAGUCUGGAAGAUCACUCAACACAGGCAGCUGCAAAAGAGCCUAUGUCCAAAACAGAAAACCUAUUACCAGAGGAACAAUCUUCAUCAAUGGAUGCUUUAAAGACUACAAAUCCAGCUGCAAAAGAGACUAUUUCCAAAAUAGAAAACCUUCAAUAUGUGAACGUGAAGCAAAAAUCUUCAUUGAUGGAUGACCUCAAGACUACAAAUCAUAUAGAUGGAACAUCUAACUUUGAGCAUCAGUCUGCAGAUAUUGAGCAAGUAAUUAACGAUGACACUAGCCCUUUUACAAAUGGCAACAUUGAGAAGAAUGAUGAAGCUCACAAACAGGAUGACAGCAAUGAAAAUGAUGGUGGUAAUGAAACUGAUGAGCAUCUGAAGAAGUCCCGCACAUAUCUACUUCUUCUUGCCAUUCUUGCAGUAUCUCUGACAUACCAAUCAGGUUUGAAUCCACCGGGUGCUUUCUGGUCAAAAAGAGAGAACAAUAGUUCGACUGCUGAUUCCAUCCUUAAGGGUGCUCAUCAUCGACCUCAUUUACCUGGUGACCCCAUCCUUGAGGACACACACCAUCGACGCUAUAUUGCAUUCUUCUAUUUAAAUGCUAUUGCCUUUGUUGCAUCCCUUGUCAUGAUUAUUAUGCUCCUGAAUCGUAGGAUGAGCAACAAGGUUAUAAAACGAUAUGCACUGCAGACAGCAAUGAUAGUGGAUCUUCUUUCUCUAACAGGAUCUUAUGUUAUGGGGAGCUGUAGGAAAACAAAGAAUUCCAUCUACAUCUCACUGUUGGUAUGCCUUGUACUAGCUUAUGUUGUCGUCCAUGUUCUGAUAGCAAUACAUGUUAUCCCCGAAGGGUGGAAAAAGGCUCUGGCAGGUAAGAUUGAGAAGUUGUCCUGCAGAUAUAUAUGGACAAAAGAACCUUCAUUUGGGCACAACCAGAGAAAUGCUGAUAACGACAUGGACUAUGAGCUUGGGCACGGCCAGAGGGGUGAUGCUGAUGACAAAUAUUGGGAGCGGAGGCGUAAGCUGCUGUUGAUGCUUGCUGUUCUGGCUGCAACAGUCACGUACCAAGCUGGCAUGAACCCUCCAGGAAGUGUAUGGUCUGAUGGCAUGUCUAAACCAGGAGAUCCAAUCCUUCAGCACAACAAUGUAAAGCGCUAUGAUCUGUUCUACUACUCAAAUUCACUCUCAUUCGUGUCAUCUGUAGUUAUCACAAUACUACUUGUGAACAAGGAGUCCUGUGAGCACGGUAUCAAGUCCUAUGCAUUGCGAAUGUGUUUAGUGUUUGGCUUGGUUGGCCUCUUGAUCGCCUAUGCUGCAGGAAGCUGCCGGAAAGAAAGACAAUCUAUUUAUCUUAUCAUAAUUGCUGUUGCAGUUCUGAUCGCUCUUGUGAUUCAAGUGCUUCUGCUCUCCUCAACACAAGGUACACUAGGAGGGCAAACCGGAAAAUUGAUAGAAUGUCUCCUUCAGCUGCUUAUUGGUAAGGAGGCCAGCCAAGAAACUGCUUCUAAGAAGAAAGAAAGUUCAGGUCAUCCUAAAAAAGAAGGUCGAAAGAGGCACAAGUAUUUGAUUCUUCUUGCAAUUUUGGCAGCCUCGAUCACAUAUCAAGCUGGUCUAAACCCUCCGGGUGGAAUCUGGCCUGAUGAUGAUGAUGAAGGCCAUGUCGCAGGCAAUCCGGUCCUUCUUGAUAUCCAUCCCCGGCGCUACAAAAUAUUCUUCUGGUUCAAUUCUAUCUCCUUGAUGACAUCCAUUGUGGUAAUCAUGUUUCUGUUGAAUAGAUCUGUCUGGAAGAAGGAUGUGCCACUUUGGGUAUUGCACAUAAUCAUGGUAGUCGACCUGCUGGCUCUCAUGACAGCUUUUGCUGCUGGAAGCUGCCGGAAAUUCAGGACUUCAGUAUAUGUCUAUGCACUAGUGAUUGGGGUUGUAAUAUUCCUUGUGAUUGUAAUGUUUAUGUCGAGUGGCAUUGCAAAACAUUUGACGUCAAGGGAGAGAAGUGGGACUUCCCCUUCCUCUCAGAGGAGUCCAAAUCAUGUUUCGGGAACAACCACACCGAUACCUGGACGGCAAGUAUGAAGCUUCCAUUCCUAUGGGAAUGCCAUCAGGUUUAAAUGUGUAUUUUGUGGUAUUAUCUGCAAAUAAUGGAUGUGUUUGGGUUCGGUGUAUGUUUCUUUGAGCUCGACCCAAAUCGAGAUGGUGAUGGUGUAAGCUGUUCAGGUUUGGAAUUUUUUUAGCAGAUUGUAGAUUUGGAUGCAACCCUGAAGCUGCAUGUCAUAUGUAUGCGUUAGGUCCCGAUGUACUCAAAGCCCUGGAGAAAAUUUUAAGGGGAUUUUACAAAUAAAUUUAAAGGUCUGUUCAUGAUUCCA